AUGUUCGUCCAAAAGAUUGUCAAUAAAUACCAACCAUUAUUCAAAACGGUUGAUGUUCCACUAAUAUUGACUACAACGAAGGACGAAGACUAUUUCGCAAAAACAACAACGAAGAGCCUCGAGGCGAAUGGAACGGUUCCUGUCAAGGUAGAAAAGAAUAGCCAUUUACCUCCGCAAUUUCUUUUUCCCGAAUAUGAACAGCUUGACCAACAUUUAACGAAGCACUUUGGUUUACCCUUUACCUAUAAACGUAUCGAUCCUUCUGAAUAUUAUUACAUUCCCUAUGGUUAUAAUUAUACAUAUUUAGCACAACCCAAGAACUUUUGCUCAGAAGACACUUUCAUGGUUGUUAUGAUUAUGUCCACCGUCAAGAAACCCGAAGAAAGAAAAGUAUUGAGAGAAACUUGGUUUAAAGACAAAGUAGUUCACGGACAAAAGUUGAAAUAUCUAUUCAUCGUUUCUUCCAGUCCUGAUCCUGCAGUUAAUGAAGCAAUCGAUAAAGAAGCAUUAGAAUAUAACGAUAUAUUACAUAUGGACCAUUUAGAUUCAUACAACAACAUCACAAUGAGUAUAAUGAACACAUUCAAUUGGUUACAUCGAAACUGUAAAUCGAUCAAAUACAUAUUGAAAGGCGACCCUGAUUCAUAUUUCAAUACUCCAAAAAUCGUAAAAUGGUUAUUGGAUCUACCUCCCGAGAAACAACAUCGAUUAUAUCACGGAUCGUGUUUCAUCACUUCAUUUUUCAUUCGACAACCGGGUGAUAAGUGGAACACACCCUCAAUUGUUGAUAGGAAUGACUUAACUUGGCCUUACUGUAUCGGUGUUGGUUAUGUGAUAUCAUCGGAUUUGUUGGCUCCGCUCGUUUUAGCAUCUCGUCAUUAUCCUUAUAUGCUUCGAACAGAAGAUAUGAGUAUUGGACUAGCGAACUUGAUGUUGAAUGUGACUCCUUAUCGAUAUCAUGAUUAUUACUGGACGCCUCCAGAAUCCUAUUUCUAUAAUUCUAUCCCCAAGUGCCAUUGGAAGAAUUAUUUUGGUUUCCACAAAGUUCCAUUGAAAGACGUGGCAAAGAUAAUGAAGGUAUUUGAAGACCCAAAUCUUUCUUGUUAA